AUGCACUACAUGGGCAUAAGCAUCUGCGUAAAACCAGAUCCCCUCGAGUUGGAUGCCUGUCGCCAGCAGCGUUUCGGAGGUUUGGCCACGCCAGAGGCGAUGAUCUCACAAGCUGAGUUUAUCGUCCAAAAGGUGGCGCCCUAUCGCUACGGUCCCGACGCCCAACCCGUCACGCGCACCCUCUGUCUCACGGAGAGCCUCCUCGUGGAACGUGAUCCG